AUGUCAAUUAGGAGUCUGAGAUGUAACACCUGCAUAUACAGUCAACAGUCAAAGUGUAUGCAAGGUGAAGGCUCUUGCGUUGCGAAAGAUGAUGAAGCAUGUGCAACCAUAUACUACUACAAGAGAAACAAACAUCUGUACUCAACACACAUGUGUAAAUAUAAGUGCAAAGAAGAACAAGGCAAAAAAAAAGACUUGAUGAGGGUGACAAUGUGCUGCUACAAAAACUUAUGUAACAUUGCCUAGAAGGAGGACAGGAUUUUGAAGUGGAUCAUCUUCUCUUCAAGACACACAAUCAAAUAUCAAUCAAGAUAAGCAACUUUCCUUCCUAUAGCAAAAUUCUACAUUGGCUUCAGAGUCCUGAGAGAGCAACAGAGGCUAUGCCUUUAUUGCAAUGGAAGGGCUCCCCUUCAUCACCAUUAGAUGCUUACAAUCAUGAGCAUUACAAAAAGAUUCCUUCAUGAGCUACA